AACCGCUCUGUUUUUAGUUUUUACCCUGUAGGGCCGAAGGCUGAUGAACUUCUGUCUAUCAGAAAAGGGCUCUGUCAAAUAAGAUAAAUGCAAACCACAUUGAGUCAUCGAUGUUUACUGUGCUGCUGUUCUCUUGUGCGAGAGAGAAGGACAGAAAAGACUGACACGAGAUGAAUGCUAAGAUUUUAGCUGCCGCCGCUGUAUGCUGGCUGACCGGCACAGUGGUAUCAGCAGAGAGUGAGAACAUCGCCUAUUUGUCCCUCAAAGGUAAGACGUUUAAUGUCGACGGUAUGGACUCUGACGGCUUCACGUACACUGGUUUAAACAAGUACGGAAUAGACAAGUAUGGUCGCUCUUAUACCGAGGUCGGAUCUGGCAAUGGUGCUGACGUAGACGCUGGAGGCCGUAAAAUGGCCUCCACUUCUGCACCCACUUUCACCAGUGAUGUUGACCCCACCGAAUCCGGUGACUGGCAGAACUACUGGCCCAGUUUCAAGGCAG